AUGGAUAUAAUAUUCGUCAACGUCAAAACCCCAAGAGACGCCCUUCAGCUAUCCAAAGAACCCGAGGUCCGUUCUCACGUGACGCGACAUCAAUGGAAGCAGUCAAAGAGUCGAGAUAAGCGACGGAGAAGAACCUUGCCGAGUGAUUCAAAUGAUACGAAGAAUUUGGGAUACGCCGGAUACUCAGCUAGGCCUUCCAGUGGCAUAUUUGCCUCGGACCGAGUGUCGAUUUCGCCUCAAAUAGGAGGACUCAGAGUCGACCCUUUCCAGUCUUAUCCUGUCUCAGUUCAACCUUGGACCCAGCUGCUAGUAGAUCACUACUUGAUACACAUGGCAGUUGAUAUCCCCGAGCUUGAUUUACCUGGAAACCAUGGUCUCUUGAGAACCACUUGGUUCCCAUUGGCGUUAACCGAGCCCGCUUUAUUCACCGUCAUUCUUCUUCUUGCGGCGUCGCAUUAUGCCUCCCUUCAGGGUGACAUUGGCUCGUUGAGGGUGGACCUCCUCGGGCUUCGCUAUGAGGCUGUAUUAUCAAUCAAUCGCAGUCUCGAUGCUCAGUUUCCCGACUCUACAAAUGAUGCUUUGAUAGGGGCCAUAGCAAAGAUGGCAAGUUACGAAGCUAUGUUCGGCAGUCUUGAAAAUUACGAUAUACAUAUGCAGGGUCUUACAAAAGCCAUUGGCUUACGAGGGGGGCUGGCAUCUCUUGGACUCAACGGAUUGCUCCACAGAAUGGUGAUCUGGAUAGAUCGUAACGCCGCUUUCUUGCAUGGGUCGACAAUGUACUUCGCAGGCAUCAGCAGGUCGGGUGAAGCGGAAGACCCAAAUCCUGGCCAAUUUCUAGCAAUAUCUUGA